AUGGGUCUGCUCGGCCUAGCCAAAGACAAGCUCACCAGGGAAAGGAAUGCUCGGCAGGAAUCGCCAGCAAAGUCAUCAGCAGCGAAGACCGAAAGCAUGUUGAAGGCUGAACGAUGUCUCAAAAGCUCUACAUCUCCCGCUGAAGUCCACACUGCCAGCGAGAAGCAACAUGAAUCCGAUAGCGAUCGUCGUGUCGAGUGCCUUGCCGUCACUCAAGACGCCGGCCAUACAACAUUGCCAUCUCCCACACCCGACAGCCCGGUAUCAAAACCGAAGAUCGUGAUGAGUGGCCUGCCCGCAAGUGCUGGAUACUUCCACAGCAGCCACAUGUCAGAAGACAGAUAUGCAUGGCCUCAUCCUGCGACUCGCAGCUAUGAUGACCGGACAGCAGCCUAG